UUAUUAGGCCUUUUACAUGAUAACGCUGCCGAAGAAUACAAUCCAAUGCAAACCGUUAAAUCAGAAAGUACAGCCAAUCCUCAUAAAUCAGGCUACCUCUUUGAACGUAAGCAUGGACGUGUGUAUCAAAGCUGGUCUCGGAAAUACUAUAGUAUCUUUGAUGGCGAAUUAAUAUGUACCACGCGUAAUCCCAAGACUUCAUCCAAAGAUGAAGAUGGAUCAAAUACGUAUAAUUUAAGGGUAUGCAGUGUGAAAUUGACUGAUGCAUAUGAUCGUCGUUUUUGUUUUGAGUUGAUCUCACCCAACAGAAUUUUGGUGUUACAAGCAGAAAAUGAACAGGACAUGAAUGAAUGGGUUUCUAGUAUCCGUACAGCCAGUCAACAAGCCUUAAAUUCAGACAACACACCACGCUAUACACAACAAUCACCAAACCUUCGCAAGGCAGCGAUUGAAGCGUCAUCCAACGCAAAGAAUGAAGUGGGUGAUGAUAAUAGAGAAUCUUUAAAGAAACUUCGAAUGAUACCUGGUAAUGAUACAUGUGCGGAUUGUGGUGUGAGAGACCCUGAAUGGGCAUGUACGAAUUUAGGCAUCAUUGUCUGCAUUGAAUUGAUGUUAUGCUUGGGAAACAACAUUGGCAAUAGUAUUUAUGAAGAAUCAGUUCCCAUUGAUAUGGAAUCCUUCCGAAUCAAUCCUGAUUCUACCAGAGGUGAUCGGGAUUUAUGGAUUAUUGAAAAGUAUGUAAAAAGAUCAUUUGUUAAGCCCAGCGAGUUGGAUCAAGAGAAUUUAGACAAGGCUUUUUGGAACGCUGUUGUGGCUCAAGAUUUCGAGACAUCGUUGCGUAGACUAGCACAGGGAGCACAUGUAGAUUACAAGAACCCAGACGACGGGUUAAAGACUGCACUUCAUAAGGUAGUGCAGGAAAAUCAUCAAGUAGUUGUUGAAUUUCUCUUGCAGAGGUUAAGUGAUAUCAAUCAGCAGGAUGAAAAUGGCUGGACCGCACUUCAUUAUGCCGCCUCAAAUAACAAUGUACGACUUGUCUUGGCCUUAUUAAAGCGACAUGCUAAACCAGACAUUCAGGACGCAUCUAAUCGGGUAAAGGAGAACAAAAGGGAAUCCAUUGGUAUGUUCUAUCACACUAAUAUGUUUCACUUAGACGGCGCUAGAUAUUGCUGUGGAUUGUCAAAGCGUGCAGGCAGUAACAGCACUAAGACUAUUUGCAUUUGA